UUUAUGACAACAUUCCAAAUAUGUUCCUGUUUACAUGAAAUGAAGAUAUAAUUGUAUAGAACAUGGUUUUUGAAGAGUCUGGAAUAUUUCAGACAAGAAAGAACAUAAAGCUUGAACCUGUAGAACAUUCAGACUUUAAUUCUGGGAUGACAAAGUUACAAGUUACUGAAAACAAUGGAAAGACAGGAGAGAAAAGUACAGACGAUCUUUGUGACCUCUUGUUGAGUCUUAAAAUAGAGAAACUUAAAUCUAAAGGACCUAAUGGACUUGUUCAGAGAGGAAAGCCACAGGUUAGACAACCAGUAAAUUCAAACUAUAUACAGAAGCAAUCAUUUCAAGAUUGGCAAUUCCCAGAUUUGAAAGUUUCUGAACUUUAUGGUAGUGUUGUGAAAGUUGAUUCCCCAGAUGGCUUUCCAUAUAUUCCAAAUGAUAACCACAUAGGCCAUCAAAACAUACCAAAGUUUCCACCACAAAAUAAUCUUGUUCAGGGUGUAGACUUUAGUUGUCAGGUGUGGUCACGUCAGCACUUCCCAUUUUGGCAGUAUAACAGACGUUCAAGACCGAUAACAGCUAGAUCAGAUCCAAAUGUUAGUGAUGGGCCAGUUAACAUACCGAGGAACAAUAGCAGACUACCAGAUAUAUUAGACGGACCAGGAUCCAGGAGUAAAUCAUCAAGCAGCAAUGAUAUAGAAACAGAUGAAGUACCCUAUGGUCCGACAUAUGAUUUAGAUGACCCAUUCCUCCGUUCAUUAACAGAUCAGCAGUUUCCAUUGUUUGAAGAAAUCACAAAUUUACAUAGAGAUUCAAAAGACAUUGAUUAUUUCAAUGAGAAUAGUAAUUCUAGCAGCAGUGAUGCGUUUAGUCAAAGUUCCCCGCUGAAUAAUCAUGAUAAUGAUCUGAAUGAUAUCAAUAACAUCAUCAAUGAAUACUCUUAUACCACAAGUCCGAGCAGUAAAGUUGUCACUACCUUGGAAAAUUGUCGUUUGUCACCAGAUACUGUUGAAGUUGUUGACCCCAGUCGUAAACGGAGAGGUCAGGAUGGACAACCAUCUCCACCAAAACAGCCUCAUCUUGACUUUCCUGAUGCUGAUGAAGAUGGUGAUAGUGUCCUACAUUCUUUGGUGAUUGCUGAUGACUUUACAGAUGAUGAUAUGGAGAAGAUCUUAUAUUAUUUGGAAUUGGACACAGCUGAUCAGUUAUCAGAUAUAAUUGACAAACAGAAUAACAUGUGGAGGACUGCUUUGUUCUUGGCUGUGUUAGCAGAGAAGACAGAAUUUGUUCAGUGUUUAUUAGAUCAUGGAGCAAAUCCAAACAUACAGGGAAAGAUACAGUAUUCAGCUGAGACAUAUGACCUAAGGACACCCUUAAUGUUGUCUGUAGAGAGGGGAGAUAACUCUAUAGAGAUAACUAAGAUGUUACUGGAAUCACCAGACAUGAAUAUUAACUGUAGGAGUGAAAGUGACAGAUUAACAGCACUUCAUAUAGCUCUUAAAUCACACAGAUUACCCAGUAGUAACCGUGGAGGACUGGAUUGUACAAAGACAGUGAAAUUGUUGAUAAUGAAUGAGGCUGACACAGAUUUAGGGGAGGAUAGAAGUAGUAAAACCCCCUUGAUGUUGGUUAUUGAUACCUGUGAUCUGAGUCUGGUCAAAGUUUUCAUCAAUUGUGACACAGAGAAAAACCCAGAAACAAUAAGAUCAAAGAUGAAUGCUACAACACGGUCAGGUGACACAGCUUUACAUUUUGCUGCUGGUGCUAAUUUCGAACGGAAAAAGAAGUGCAAUUUGUUACGGCUUCUUGUCAACAGCGGAGCAGACAGUAGUAUUGAGAACAAUGAAAAAGAGAAACCUGAAAGUAUUACCACUAAAGAUCUGUGGAAAGAAGCAUUUAAAUGUUAAACAUAGAACUACUAUGGAGACAGACCUUGACUACCAUACUUACAAACACUGUUACUCAGAUCAAAAUGAUGAUUGUUAUUUGUUACAUUUUUUAACUACCGUGGAUUCAUUAUUAUUCCUUAGAUACCAAUUUUCGUGGAUUUUGUGGGUACAGAUAAACCAUGAAUUUCAAUGUUAAACAAAGUAUACAAUUUAUAUAGGCUCUUAUUCAGACUUUUACAAGUUUGUUUAUUAUUGUUACCCACGAUAAUAAAUGAAUCCACAUUAUUGUUAUUACUUAAUAUUUGUACAGUAUUUGUUUUGUGAUUUUGUUAGUGAUUUUGUACAGUAAGAUCUGUGAUAGUUAUUCUUGUUACAUUGUUUUGUCUGCAAUACCCAUUAUUUUCAUAAAAGUUAUUGUUAUGCACUGUAAUCAUCACUCAAUUUUUUCAAGAGUUAAAUUUAAUCAGGGACUUUUAAAUUUAGAUGAUUUUUUUCUGGGAUACUUGAAAUAAUUAAAACUUUGUAAGCUUUUGACUAAAUAUGUAAAAGACUUAAAAAGAGGAAUAAACACUCCAAUAUCGCGUCCUCUAAAGUUUGUACCUAUUAUUUAAAGACCUCCACUGCUCUUCAUUGCUGGAAUUAUUUGGGGUUUUACCUGUUUAUUUCUGGAUUAGUUCGUUACUUCAGCAAACUUUUGAUAGAGGCAUAAAGUCACAUAAGCUACAGUAUAUUUUACCAAAAUGGUUUAUUUCUGCUUAAAUAUUUUAAAGGUCAGCAAAUAAUAUCUUAAAUGCAUUACAAAUCAAAUAAUCAUUCAAAACAUUAAAAUAUAACUAAUUUUCAAAUAAAUUUGCUCAAUAUGACAUAACAUCCCAUAAGACCAUUCUGUAUAUAGUAAAAUCAAAACAUUACCCAAUUUGCAUUAAUUUUUAUCAUAAAUACACUUUUUGUGUGCUACAAUGUAUGGUAUGUCUUUGUCUUACAAUAACUUACAGUAAAUAUUUGUUAGAUUUUGAAUUAAGACGAUAUAUAUUUUGCAUAAUAAUUUGUUCGCUAAUAAAAGUUUAUUGACUUUCUAAAGCAUUUAAUGUAAAUAAUGCUAUUAAUUUUGCCUUGUUUUAGAACUGAUACUUUCUGUUUUAAUUUGACCUGUUAAGCAAAACACACAUCUGUACAGGUGCUGUGGAAGUCCUAUCUGGAAGACCUGCUUAAUCUAAGAAGAACUAGAUUAUAUUAUAAAGUUCAUAUAGGACUGAGAAACAAUGAAAAUGCACAAUAACAGCAUUAUUUUUGCAGAACAAUAAUGAAACCCAUCUUAUUUAUAUACAUAUACAUAUACAUGUACAUGUACAUUAACAUUAUUUCAAAAAAGAUUUUUUUUAACUUAAUAUGAUGCUAUGAUGUCUCAAAUUAUGAACCUGGGUACUCUCACUCAAAAAAUGUAUAAUGUAAAUAAUUUUUGUUGAUUUCUGAUUAGUUUUUGAUUUUGGAAACAUUGGCUACAUGCUCUGACCUAAUAUUUAUGGAUAUUACCCUUAUAAAUUUUUGAUCUCACGUUUAUUUUUGUCAGAGAGUGUAUUGCCAGUAUUUCCCAAAGGAUAUAUUGUUAAAAAAUGAGUAAACAGGAGUUGCUGUCAUAAAAUCUUGAAAAUUGACUUGUUCUGGGGAGAACCUGUCCUGAAUGUUUUGAAAUUAAAGGAUAAAUAGGUAUUUAUGAACUGAAGAAAGAUCUGAUUUCAGGUAACAGGUACUUAAUUGGUGAUCUCACAGAAUUUCAUGAAAUUUUGCAUGCAACUAGAGCAUGAGGCACUACUCAUAAAGAUUGACAAAAUUAUACAUGUAACUUUUAUACUGUAUGAGUAUUUUUAUAUUUACGUGAAAUAGAAGUACAAAUGUGUAGAAUACAGGUAAAUAUUGUAGAAAGAGUUCAACAAUUUUUACCAUAAAUCAUUAUUUUUCUAAAAAACUUUCCUACAAAUUUUCUUUAAAAGUGAUAUGUUAUUGCUUUUGAAAUUUCCUUUAUAAUGAUUAUUGUUGAAAAAUUUAAAUGGGGGUCACCAAAUUUGUUUUUUUGUGUGUAUAAAUAGUUGAAUCUUCUGACAGCUUGAAAACAGUACUGAAAAGGUAAAAGUAAGUGUGACUAAGUGACAGCAUUGUGAAUCAAAAUGUUAUUUUCAAUGUUUUUUUUAAAUAUUACAGAUACAUUUGAAUGUUUUAUGCAACAAAAAUGAAUUUGGUGACCCCUUUAAUUUUUAUGUUAAAUAGAAUGGAAAUUUAAGAGGCAAUAACAGAUAAUUUUUAAAGUGAGGACAGGUUUUUUGAGAAAAGAUAAUUUACAGUCAAAAUAUUCAAUAUAUUUGGUGAUAUUUAUGUGCAUCCUAUACAAAUGUACUUCUUUCUACAGAAUAUUCAAUUUGCAAUAUCACGAAAGUAUAGAAGUUACUUAUAUAUUGUAUUCGAUAUUCAUAUGCAUUUCCACAUGCUUUAGUUCCAAAUUUCAUAAAAAUCUGUGAGAUCCGCCAUUAACCCACAUGUAAACUUAAGCAUAUAAUUUAAGUUUGCAAUACAAAGUUACAAUUGUCAGUUUAUAUAAAUUGUAUAUACCUUUUUAUAAACAAAACCAGUAUGUUUGUGCAAUUAUCUAUUAUACAAAUAAUUAAGUAUGAAUUUCUGAUUUUUUAUUUUGUGAUGUUUUGUUAGUAGUGCUUGAAUAACAUUUAUAUAAUGAUUAUUUAUCUAUACAUUUUAUAUAUUUAUCUUUCCUGUAGAUACAUUUUUGAGAAAUGGGGAAAGUGUGUUACAAUAGUUUGUUCUAUGUUAUUGCUGUAACACUACUGUCCAAUUUUAGAGGUAGUUUUGACAGCUCACAAAUGUUCAACGCUGCUACAUUCUUUAUGUGCCUUAAGGUGGUACCAAACACCUUGACUAAAAUUAAUUUGGCUAUUUUAUUUUUCAUAAAAUUUUGACAAAAUAUUUACUUUGACCCUUUGACAAAAAUAUAAAAAUUUCAAAAAACUUGAACCACACACUUUAUCGGAGAAGUUUCAUUGGAUAUAUAGCAGUUUGACAAACACUAAUUUUGAUCAUUGAGAAGCUUAAUAUUUCCUUAACAAUAGAACGUGAUUAAAACGUUCAGCUGAUUUUUACAGAGUUAUCUCCAUGUAGUGUUAUGUACCACCUUAAUUAAGCCAGGAGUCUGUAGUCUAGUGGUUGUUGUUGGUCGCUGUCUUGUCAUCAUUUUUUUCAUAUACAUGUAAUAUUAUUAGCUUAAUUAUGCCAUUAGUUUUCUUGUUUGUAUUGUUUCAUGCUUUGUUAUUGGGGGCCUUUAUAGGUUACCAAACAGUAUGGGUUAGCUCAUCGUUGAAGAUACUUUUUAACUGACAAAACCAGUUUGUUUGUGUAAUUACCUUUUAUAUGAAAUAUUAAUUAUCAAUUUGUGAACUUUAAACUAUAGGAUGACCUGUAGUUAUAUGUAUCUUUUUUCUUUGGUCUUUUGGCAAAAAAAAAGCCACAUCUCCAUAUUGUAUACAUUUUAUUCUUAGACUAGGUACAGAUGAUACAUGUCAAGAGUAACUACUUACACUUGACUCAAGUAAUAUAUAGGUGAUGGUUCAGUUUCAAGGUUUGAUUUUUUCAUUGUAUUACAAUGUAUGUUUUUGAUCUAAUGAACUUAUUGAAAUCUAGAUUUGUAAAAUGCGUUCUGAAAAUAAAUGUAAUGAAAUAAAUAAAAACCAAAUUAAAAUGAAUUUAUCUAUCCAUUAAUUAAGGUUUGAACUAGUAGACAUUUUCUAUUACAAGCAAGGGCUUGCAUUUUUGAAUAGAAAUUUAUUAAAGUAUUAUAUGUAUUUGUACAAAAUGUAUAUAAAGAAAAUUUUCAUAUAUUUUAAACUUUCAUAAAAGAUAAUAGUUUGAGAUAAAGACUGUAUUAUACCUUGUAUUCAUAUAGUCAUUUUUUAUUUUGCCUUUUUCAUAUUCAUAGUUUAAUAAGGUUGUAUAUUUUUAUGAUGUUUUCUCAUAGUUACUGCUGAUAAUCAUCCAGAAAUUUAAGGAUAAUUUUUUGUGUGAAUAAUUCAUCCUAAAAAGAGAAAAUGACAGAACAUUGAAUUAUCUGUCAAUGAGUAAUAGUCAAAUCAACAUCUAUACCUAAACCAUGUAUGUGCUUCACAAACCAUAAAUGUUGAAAGGACUCAAUCACAACAUUGUUUCUAAAAUUAUAUUGUAUUGAAUAGUUAUCAAUAAUUUUUAUUAAAUUAUUUUCUUAUUAUUCAUUUGAAAUUGUAAAUACCAUUAUAUAAAUGUAUUUUCAAUUCAGCUGAUAUACUUGAGUUAGUAAGAAGAACAAAGAAGUAAAGUUUACUUGUUUGUUAAGUGGACCAUGAAAUCAAUAUUACUUUUUUUAUUUCAUAUGAUAAAUACCUGGAGAAGUGACAUAAUAUAUACAGAAGUUAAAUUAAGCACAAUAGUCCAUUUACAUAUAACCUACUUUCAUUUGGAUUCUAUAAUUUCUGUAAGAGUUAUUUCCCCUAAGGUUGGACAUCGUUGUCCUUGUGCUAUGAUUUGUUCAGCUGUAAUAACACUUGAACUUUCUAUUUUUGUUUCGUAACUUAGGGAAAUUAUCAAAGUUGGAAGGUGCAUUUGUAAUUUUUCAAAUUGGAUUAUCCCACAUUUACCUGAAUAAGUAUCAACUAAAAAGUUAUUUAAAAUAAAAUGACAAAUUAUUUUAACAAAUGAAUUAUAUGUAUAGGAUAUAUGACAGAUACUUAAGUUAAGUAUAGGCUUUGUUGCUUGGGUGUUUUUCAUUUAUUGGUAAUGGAACAUGUUUCACUUUGGGUUAUCUCCAUUUUAUCUUGAAAAUCUAAUCCAAAAUAUAGUUCAAAUGUAAAACAUGUUACAUUCCCCUUUACACGUGCUUUAUAUGUAUGUCUGAUAAGUCAAUUAUGUAUAUAAAGUAUCAUGUCACCUCUUUCGAUGCUUAUCAGAGAAACAUUAUUUAAUAUUACUUUCCAAUCAGAUUAUAGAACCGGUAGUGAAAGGUUUUAAUGGUUAGUUUCUACAUUGACAAUUGGUUAUAAAGAAGUCAUGGUUCACUGAACGAACUAAAGAAGUACUCACUAAAACAGUUCCAGUUGUAAAUCAAAUAAUGAGCAUGAUUUUACUUAUAAACAUUUUUCUCAACUACAGAAAAAAAGGAAAAUUUUUUAACAUUUUUUGAAAAAAUUAUAAAUGUUAUAAAUGUUUUCAUGUUAUCAUAAAUUUUAUAUCACAAAGUCAAAUAAACAACUUAAUGUUAGUACAUUUGUAUAUUUUUACUUGCAUAAAAUUUUGUUAACUACAGAAUAUAAUUUUUUCUUUAAAUACUGAUAAAUGGUCAGAAAGUUAUUUAGAUACAAUGUAUAUUCUCCAAAAUGUUCAGUUGUACAUUGCAGCUACUAAUGGUUAGGUGUGUGUUAGAAUACAUAAUAAAACAUCAUUAUUUAUGCAACUUCAUGGUUUGAAGAGAGGUAUAGCUUAAUGUUUGUUUUCAGGUCUGAAGAGGUAUAGGUUAAUAUUUAACUUAAGGUCUAAAGAAAGAAAUAACAAAUUUGAUUUUUAGACAUCUGUAAUCUUACUGACUUUUCAAUAGGUAUUUUGAAUAGUAUUUUUACUUGUAAAAUUUUACCAUGAUUUUUUCUUUCCAUGAUUUUUGAAUAUUUUCAAGUGAUGUUGAAGUUCUUCACAUUUCUUAACCUAAAAUUGAAAUUCUAUAAAUUUGUUAAGAUACACUUUUGGACAAAAUGUUUUGUAUAUUUAUAAAUAAAGAUAUGUAUACAAUA